CCCUUCCUUUUCCGGUCGGGGCUGAGGCGGGGACGGGCGCCGCGCGAGGGGCUCCUCAGCGGUCUUGAAGGUGCCCAUCAUGGCUUGUACUCGACCAUUAGUAUCGGUGUACUCCGAAAAGGGAGAGGUAUCGGGUAAAAAUGUCACCAUGCCUGCUGUUUUCAAGGCACCGAUUCGCCCAGAUAUUGUGAAUUUUGUUCACACUAAUUUGAGGAAGAACAGCAGGCAGCCGUAUGCUGUCAGUGAACUUGCAGGGCACCAGACCAGUGCUGAAUCCUGGGGUACUGGAAGGGCAGUUGCUCGUAUUCCAAGGGUUCGUGGAGGUGGAACUCAUCGAUCUGGUCAGGGUGCUUUUGGCAAUAUGUGUCGUGGUGGUCGCAUGUUUGCCCCAACCAAAACUUGGCGACGCUGGCACCGCAGAGUGAACAUCACUCAGAAGCGUUAUGCCAUCUGCUCUGCUCUGGCAGCUUCUGCCCUUCCAGCUCUAGUCAUGUCUAAAGGUCACCGCAUUGAAGAGAUUCCAGAACUUCCUCUGGUAGUUGAAGACAAAGUUGAAGGCUACAAAAAAACCAAGGAAGCUGUUCUCCUACUUAAGAAGCUGAAAGCUUGGAAUGAUAUCAAAAAGGUCUAUGCCUCUCAGCGCAUGCGGGCAGGCAAAGGUAAAAUGAGGAACCGCCGUCGUAUCCAGCGCAAAGGACCUUGCAUCAUCUAUAACGAAGACAACGGCGUCAUAAAAGCAUUCAGGAAUAUCCCAGGAAUUACUCUUCUCAAUGUGAACAAGCUGAACCUCUUGAGACUUGCUCCUGGUGGCCACGUUGGACGUUUCUGCAUUUGGACUGAAAGUGCCUUCCGCAAGUUGGAUGACUUAUAUGGCACUUGGCGCAAGCCUGCCACCCUGAAAAGUAGCUACAAUCUGCCAAUGCACAAGAUGACCAAUACUGAUCUUGGAAGGAUCCUAAAAAGCCAGGAGAUCCAGAAAGCCCUACGUCCACCCAAGAAGAAGAUUCAUCGUAGAGUCCUUAAGAAGAAUCCACUGAAGAAUUUGAGAAUCAUGAUUAAAUUGAACCCAUAUGCCAAAACUAUGAGACGUAACACUAUUCUGCGCCAUGCUAAAAAUCACAAACUCAGAGAGGAGAAGGCAGCGAAAGGGAAAGCAAAGAUCCAAGUGGCAGGUGCUGCAAAGAGUGAAAGUACAGCAUAAAAAGAGCUUCUGCACUUUUAUGAUACAAUGCUCAAAAGGUCUCAAUUUACCCUUAAUAAAAAAAUAUAUCCAAAGUGGUCUCAAUCAUUUCAUUCUUUAUUUGCAAAGCGUGGCAUCUAUAACUCAGUGCAAGAUAAUUAGAAAUAGAGCAGCAUGACUAAGCUAAAGGAUGUUCUUUGCCCAAUCAUACUACCCGAUUGACCGACAGCAUAAAAAUAUAGCAGAUGUUGCAGAAAUGGCAGAAGGAGAAAACGGGAUUUUGUCAAAGCUGGAAUCUUUCCAUCACAGCCACAGAACAGGAAUGAAAUGUCAAGAUCGCGGAAAAAAUGUGGGAAGGACCUUUUGCUUCUUGGCUUUUUAUCUCUAUGCAAAGAGAAAAUCUCUUCAUCAGAAAUAGAAAUUGAUAGCAAAAGCAGAUAUGCUAUUUGUGUAUAUAUUAAAUGUGCUAUUAACAAUG